CUUUUCCUCUUUCACUUGCCCACAACCACAACCCUUGUGGACUGUUCUGCAGUUUUUUCAUGUUUCUCACACACCCUAUCAAUCAAGUAUCAACUUCUGCAAUAACACCAAAUUCAAAUUCAGUCCAUAAGUAAAUUGAAGAAAUGGGAGGCUGCAAAGUUUGUAUAAAGAAAAACAGAACAGAUUGGCUUAAUACCCUUUUGCUUAGCAAAUUCUUCGGUUCCUGUGGUGUUCAUCAUGACCUUCGCAAAAAUGAGAAGAAUGUCUUCUGCAUAGAUUGCAGUAUCCGCCUCUGUAGGCACUGUAUGACAGCUCAUUGCCUCCACACAAAGCUUCAGAUCUGCAAAUACGUCUACCAUGAUGUGGUUCGCCUUCAAGAAAUUCAGAAGCAUCUUGACUGUUCUAAAAUUCAGACAUAUAAAAUCAAUGGCGAGAAAGCUGUGCAUCUAAAUCCUCGCCCCCUAGCCAAAGAUGCCAAGCCAUCAACAAAAGCAAAGUUUGGUGCUUCCUGUGAAGCUUGUGGGAGAUAUCUGCAGGACAUGCCAAAUCGUUACUGCUCCAUUGCCUGCAAGGCAUCUAUAGUCCCAGUGAAGCCUGAAGACCAAAGUCACAAAUUCAUCGCGGUUACUAUACCACAAUAUGGUGAUUUUUCAUUAAAAGGUAACUGCAAUUCCGAAACAAACAUGAGCGAAAUGGAAUCAUCGAUCUCGUUGGCUGAGUCGUCUGAGGAGAUGACUGCUUGGGUAUGUUCAGCAUUGAAGCCAAGAAAGCUUUUGCAUAAGAGGAAAGGCAUCCCUCACAGAGCUCCUCUCUGUUGAGAUGGGUAGACAAGAUGAGUGAUAUUUUUGCUUCCUUUCCCCUGUCAUAAAAGUUUUGGUUUAUAUCUAAGUAUCAAAACCAUAAAACCACAGCUAGUUAUUAUAUCUAGAUUGAAGAAAAUCCGUCUCAUAUCUCUGAUUGGGAUUUAGUUUGUACAGCAUAAGAGAGGUGGUAAUGCUGCAGAGCAUAUGGUUGAUAAUUGAGGGGUUUGUUGGGAUUUACCAUA